AUGAUCAAAGAGGUGAUCGGAAAUCCAGUCCAGACUGGAGAACAAGUCGACACGUUUCGAUCGGUCUAUAGUCCUUCUGUGGAUCACGGUGACGGACGUUUCACUGGAAUGAGUCGCAAGGAUGGCUCACGUCCGAGCCCAGGGCCCUUUUUCCGCGCAAACGCACGCGACGGGAUCCUCGAGGGGGCAGCGUAUCCCCCGGGAGCUACGAAGCUGCCGCUGCUGCUGCUGCUGCUGCUUCCGCUUGCCGUUUCGUUGAUGGUCACAUCAAUCGGAGGAUAUGUCAUUCGAGUGGACUCGAUAAUUUGGCGAGACGAGCAUAGAGACCGUUCAGCAUGA